AUGUGUCAGAGAGACGGUCUCCGUGCCGGGGUUGCCUUUUAUGUCCACGUAAUGUGGGACCCGGAGGAACUCCUGAGAGAAAGAAGUGGGGCCACGUCGACGGGUCCCCUAAACCAUCAGCUUUGCCCGUUUUAUUUGAUCCAGGCAGGUAUUAUCAACGCGCACGAAGAAACUGGAUCGGCACGGCAGCGGAAUAUCAAGGAGUUUUGGCGAGCAAUCGAGGGGAUGCCAACGAUGCAAGAACACUUGAAUGGAGCCACGGGUAGAACCAGUAUUCCGAGAUGCGGUCUCCCGUGCCGUCGUUCAGGAUCCCGCAGAAGGGGCACCCGUUUCGAGGAAGCGGCCGUCGAUUGGAAAUCGUACCUGCUGCCCGUUGAAUGGACCAGAUCUCUUCCCUCCUGCACCGAGGCCACCGCGCUUUGCUCCCUUUUCCCUUUCCUGCCAGCCCCCUACCUUUCCUGCCCUACCAGCCCGACAGACGCGCGCGCCCUCAGCGCGAUUCAUACCCACAGCUCGGCAUGGCUCCCUUUUCUUCCCGUUCCACGUCCCGGCUUUUUCCCGAGGAGGUGUGCCGAUCGUUGCAACCUGGCCACCACCUCUCCAGGCUCACUCCACGAUUUUCGUUCCCAACCACUGCCUGAUGGUUAA